AUGGUUGGUGCACUUCUUUUGGGGCCUCAGGUCACCUUCUGGCUGCAGCUUGCCGGUGGUCACCAGGUGGCGCUGCAGAACCAGCUCCCUGGUGGGGCCUGUUGGAGGUUUGAGGGGGGUUUGGCAGGCCACAGGCUGUGGUAUCGUGACAUCCUGGCAUCUCUUUCCCCUCACAGGCACUUGCUGAAUGUCACCUGGGAGGGCCGAGACUUCUCCUUCAGUCCUGGUGGGUACCUGGUCCAGCCCACCAUGGUUGUGAUUGCUCUCAACCGGCACCGCCUUUGGGAGAUGGUGGGUCGCUGGGAUCAUGGUGUCCUCUAUAUGAAGUACCCAGUGUGGCCUCGAUACAGUGCCUCUCUGCAGCCCGUAGUGGACAGCCGGCACCUGACAGUGGCCACACUGGAAGAGCGGCCCUUUGUCAUUGUGGAGAGCCCUGACCCUGGCACCGGUGGCUGUGUACCCAACACUGUGCCCUGCCGCAGGCAAAGCAACCACACUUUCAGCAGCGGCAACACAGCCCCCUACACCAAGCUCUGUUGUAAGGGCUUCUGCAUUGACAUCCUCAAGAAGCUGGCCAAGGUGGUGAAGUUCUCCUACGACCUGUACCUGGUGACCAACGGCAAGCACGGCAAGCGAGUGCGCGGCGUGUGGAAUGGCAUGAUCGGGGAGGUAUACUACAAGCGGGCAGACAUGGCCAUUGGCUCCCUCACCAUCAACGAGGAACGGUCUGAAAUCGUGGACUUCUCCGUGCCCUUUGUGGAGACGGGCAUCAGCGUGAUGGUGGCACGCAGCAACGGCACUGUGUCGCCUUCAGCCUUCCUGGAACCCUACAGCCCAGCAGUGUGGGUGAUGAUGUUUGUCAUGUGCCUCACCGUGGUGGCUGUCACUGUCUUCAUGUUCGAGUAUUUCAGCCCCGUCAGCUACAACCAGACCCUCACCAAGGGCAAGAAGCCUGGGGGCCCAUCCUUCACCAUUGGCAAGUCUGUGUGGCUGCUGUGGGCGCUGGUCUUCAACAACUCGGUACCCAUCGAGAACCCCCGGGGUACCACCAGCAAGAUCAUGGUCCUCGUCUGGGCUUUCUUCGCUGUCAUCUUCCUCGCCAGCUACACUGCCAACUUGGCUGCCUUCAUGAUCCAGGAGCAGUACAUUGACACAGUGUCAGGCCUCAGCGACAAGAAGUUUCAGCGGCCUCAAGAUCAGUACCCACCCUUCCGCUUUGGCACGGUGCCCAACGGCAGCACGGAGCGGAACAUCCGCAGCAACUACCGAGACAUGCACACCCACAUGGUCAAGUUCAACCAGCGCUCGGUGGAGGAUGCGCUCACCAGCCUCAAGAUGGGGAAGCUGGAUGCCUUCAUCUAUGACGCUGCUGUCCUUAACUACAUGGCGGGCAAGGAUGAGGGCUGCAAGCUGGUCACCAUUGGCUCUGGCAAAGUCUUCGCCACCACUGGCUAUGGCAUCGCUAUGCAGAAGGACUCCCACUGGAAGCGGGCCAUAGACCUGGCACUCCUGCAGUUCCUGGGUGACGGAGAGACACAGAAACUGGAGACAGUCUGGCUCUCCGGGAUCUGCCAGAAUGAGAAGAAUGAGGUGAUGAGCAGCAAGCUGGACAUCGACAACAUGGCUGGGGUCUUCUACAUGCUGUUGGUGGCCAUGGGGCUGGCCCUGCUGGUCUUUGCCUGGGAGCACCUGGUCUACUGGAAGCUGCGCCACUCCGUACCCAGCACAUCCCAGCUGGACUUUCUGCUGGCCUUCAGCAGGGGCAUCUACAGCUGCUUCGGCGGGGUGCAGAGCCUCGCCAGCCCCGCGCGGCAGGCCAGCCCAGACCUCACCGCCGGCUCGGCCCAGGCCAGCGUGCUCAAGAUGCUGCAGGCGGCGCGCGACAUGGUGACCACAGCGGGCGUGAGCGACUCUCUGGACCGGGCCACGCGCACCAUCGAGAGCUGGGCGCCGCCCGAGCCGAGCUCCAGGAGCUGGGGGCCUCCCUCGGGGGGUCGCGCCACGCUGGUGCGCAGGGCCCCCCAGCCCCCGAGCUGCUAUGCGACGCCCGGGACGCAGCUGCCCGACGUCUCCCAGGUGUGCGGCCGGCCGCCUUGGGAGACGCGGUGGCCCGUGCGGGCGGGGUACGCUGAGCAGCACCUCUCCGCCUCCGAGCGGCGCGCGCUCCCAGAGCGCCCCCUGUCCCCCGCACACUGUCACUACAGCUCCUUCCCUCGGGCCGACAGAUCCCGGCGCCCCUUCCUCCCGCUCUUCCCGGAGCCCCCGGAGCCGGUUGACCUGCCCCUGCUCGGCCCGGAGCAGCUGGCCCGGCGGGAGGCUCUGCUGCGCGCGGCCUGGGCCCACGGUCCGCGCCCGCGCCACGCUUCCCUGCCCAGCUCAGUGGCCAACGCCUUCGUUCGCCCUGGCUCGCUGACCUUCGGCUGCGCCGGCCACGCCUGCGCCUGUCCCGAUGCCCGACCCGCCUGCAGGCGCCUGGCACAGGCACAGUCCACGCGGCUCUUGUCCCACCGGGAGGCCUGCUGGGAGGGCGUGCCUGCUGGGGCCCCGGUCUGGCAGCCUAGGCAGCACAUCUGCCUGCACACCCAUGCCCAACUGCCGUUUUGCUGGGGGGCCGUCUGCCCUCACCUCCCACCCUGUGCCAGCCAAAGUCCCUGGCUCACUGAGGCCUGGGGCCCUCCAGCGCACAGAGGCAGGACCACGGGGCUGAGCACAGGCUACAGGGACAGUGGGGUGUUGGAAGAGGUCAGCAGGGGAGCCUGUGGGACGCAAGGCUUCCUGGGGCCUUGCACUUGGCGGCGGAUCUCCAGUCUGGAGUCAGAAGUGUGAGGUGCCGGCGCUCUGAUUCCUGCUGCUCUGGAUUCUCUGCGGGGCACUGCUGAGGGUAGGGGACAGGCAGGUUCGAUCGUUUUUGGCUUCUACUGUGAAAUCCUGGCCAUGUAACCCAAUUGGCAGGUGAUGGCUUUCUUGGCCACCUCAGUGACCUUAGCAGGCUCAGGCCCUAGAGUGAGUUGGGCUGUUGCUGUCUCCACAAUCACACGAAGUCCUGCCCACCCAGCCUGAAUCACAGCGAGCAGAAGAGGUAGCGCCCCAGAGGGUGACCCUGCCCAGAUGUUAGCUAGUCCCUGGUCAUGGCUGCUGUGGCCUUGGCCUGGGGGCGUGGAGGCUGGAACUUGAGGUUAGGGCAGGGACAUCCUGCCUCUUGCUCCAUCUAGCUGGAGUCUCCUCCGGGACAUUAAACUGACCUUUUACAAUUCA